AUGCCGCCUCCCAUCCCUUCUCCUCCCACUUCCACACGCGCCGCCAAUGCACAUCGUCCGAGCACCGCCGUCUCGCAGUCGCGAACUUCAACCCCGAAACAGGCCAGCGGCGGAGCAUCUGGCGGCAUUAGGGCGACCAAGGUCCGAGGGAGCUCGGAUAAAGAGAACAGCGGCGAUGCGGGACACAGUGGAAGGUCUGCUGCGGCGGCAAGAAGAGGCAGCGCUGCUUAUGCGCUGGCAAGUCGCGAGAAGCCGCCCAGUAAGGACGGGACGGUGCAGAGGACGGCGAAAGAAGUCGAGGGCUUAAAGGACUACGUAGGUUCAGCCAUUCCCACUGCACACCGACACGAGUGGAAGUGAGAGGUAGAGAAGGACGGAAGGGGUGGAGUGAAGUGCGAACAACGAGACCAUGUCUCAGUACCCUUCCAUCUUUUCCUGCAUCCUCCAUACGCGCACUCUGCAACCACACGCUUGCAUCCAUGGGCAAAGCUAACAUCUCUCAGCAACUGGGCCAAUGUCUCGGCCGCGGUGCUUUUGGAAGCGUCUACUGCGCCCUCAAUUGGUCCACCGGCGAGACCGUAGCUAUCAAACAAGUCCGCCUCUCCGACAUGCCCAAGACCGAACUGCACGUCAUCAUGCAAGAGAUCGACCUGCUGAAGAAUCUCAACCAUCCGAAUAUCGUCAAGUAUCAUGGCUUCGUCAAGUCCGCCGAUUCACUUUACAUCAUCCUGGAGUACUGCGAGCAGGGGAGCUUGCACAGUAUAUGCAAGAACUUUGGCAAAUUCCCGGAGAACCUGGUUGCUUUAUACAUUGCGCAGGUACUGCAGGGUUUACUGUUCUUGCACGAACAGGGCGUCAUACACCGAGAUAUCAAGGGUGCGAAUAUCCUCACUACCAAGGAAGGAUUGGUCAAGCUGGCAGAUUUUGGUGUGGCGACGAAACAGCAAGGAUUGGCCGAAGGUAGCGUUGUCGGCACGCCGUAUUGGAUGGCACCUGAGGUCAUCGAAUUGUCUGGAGCCACAACCGCCAGUGAUAUCUGGAGCUUGGGAUGUACCGUCAUCGAGCUGCUGGACGGGAGGCCGCCUUAUUACAAGUUCGCACCCAUGCCCGCGCUCUUCCGAAUCGUGAAUGACGACCAUCCGCCGUUACCUGAAGGAGCAAGUCCACUUGUUCGAGACUUCUUGAUGCAGUGUUUUCAAAAAGAUCCAAAUUUACGAGUGUCGGCGAAGAAGCUCCUCAAGCACCCCUGGAUUGUUUCUGCAAAGAAGGCCGACAAAAAGAAGCCCACUGAGUAUGAUGAAGCAGUCAAGAGUGUGCAGGAAUGGAAUGAAGCCCUCAAAGCUAGUCCGCCGCCUGCUCACAUCUCGCAAGGCAACAGUAGGAGACCAUCGGCAAGGACGGGCUCAAGACCCGUCUCUAGAGGUACAUCGAAGACAACUCUCAAUGGACCAAGAACACGGCCUGAGCAAACGUCAAAGCCGGCUUUCAGACUUGCCACAAGAAAGUCGCAAGCAGCCGACGCUCUCCAGUCGCCUCCAAACGAUGAAAGCGGCAACAAUUGGGAUGCUGACUUCGACUCACUAACCUCUGGCAUAGCUGGACUGAAAAUACCGGAACGUCUCAAACCUCAGGACAAUUUUGCUGGUCUUUUCAGCUCUGAAAAGCUGAAGCGAUAUGCCAACUUUGACGCUAUCCCGGAGACAGAUGGCAAAGUCGAAGAAUGGGACGAAGAAUUUGAAGGUGACUUGACUGUGCGCUCGCCUCUACAGUUGGCGAAAGGAGACGCCGUGGAGACUGUCCGGCCAUUCUAUCCGUCCAGGAUGACAUCCGACGAAAUCAAGCAUCAGCCGCCUCCGCCAUCUAGUGUAGCGAAGAGGAAAGGAUCCACCGAGAAGCGCGAGCGCAAGACUAGUCAGAGCUCACAGCCACAGACGCAAAUCUUGCGACCUGCGCAGAAACAGUCUGCGAUACCAAAGCCUCGAGCGACUCCGCCUCCGAUUCAAAAGAAAAUCAUUCCUGCUGCGGCCAAUAAGGACAGGUUUCGUGAAGAUGAGGAAGAAGACUAUUCUGAUCUUGUGCCUAAUGAUGAGGACGCCUUCAUCAAGAAGCUGGCUGGAUUUUCCCCGAAUCGCUUCAAUGCGAAAGACCUGCAGAGCAUGCAAACGAAAUUAGGUGGGAGCAUGAGAAGGCGUAGGACGCACACACCAACCCAGCUAGUCCAUGAUGCAGCUGCCAUGAAAAGGACGAGGAGCUUCCUUGAGAUUCAGAAAUACGCCGAAGAUGACGAUGACGAGGACUUCACCGAUCUGGUAUUCGACGAGCAGCCGAUGAACUUAGCACAGACUGGUACGACCAAGAGCCGCUUGUCGCCGAAAUCUGCGUCAACUGCGAGCGAGUCCACGUCAGAGAAGGGGACUCUCAAAUUGACGAAUUCCAUUAGCUGGGGUGAAGAUGAGGAUGAAGACGAGGACGACCCUUUCGCGGCUCUUGAAGAGGAGCUCGAUGCCGUCGACCUAGAGUCGAAUGUCGCAAGAGACAAGCACGCUCGUCUUUGCGCCGACGUUGAACAGCUUGUCUCAGAGCUCAAGAUCAGCCAGUCUGAGGAAGUUCUCAUGGACAUCGUCGACCAACUCUUAAUCAUCCUCACAGAGUCCGCAGAUGUCAAGUCUGUCAUUGUCAGCAGUCAUGGUAUGCUUCCCAUCUUGGAGAUUCUGGAGCAGUCUGUAAGACCGCAUAUCAUCAUACGUCUGCUCAAGAUGGUCAACUUCAUCUUACACGACAACAUCGAAGUGCAGGAAAACAUGUGUUACGUUGGUGGAAUACCAAUCAUCACAAAAUUUGCGCAUAAGAAGUUCAGCUCGGACAUCCGGGUGGAAGCAGCCGCUUUUGUCCGAAUGAUGUACCAAAACCAAAUGACCCUGCAGAUGUUCAUCAGCUGUGGCGGUCUGAACGUCUUGGUUGAGUUCUUAGAGGAAGACUACGACGUCGACACUGGUCGCGAGCUGGUCCUGGUUGGCGUCAAUGGCAUCUGGAGUGUAUUCGAGCUUCAAGGUCCGACACCCAAGAACGACUUCUGCCGCAUCUUCUCUCGCAGCGCGGUGUUGUAUCCACUCUCACUUGUUCUGAAUCGGGUCUUGGACGAAGAAGGCAACCUGGCGCAAAUCAUCGAAGGGCGCAUCGUUAACAUCUUCCUGCUCUUCUCGCAGGCGGAGAAUCAUGUCAAAGAGAUAGUCGCUGAUCGAAUGGUCCUCAAGCGUGUUCUGAAAGACCUUCGACGGAUGACACCCCAGCAUCAGAUUACGAUGUUAAAGUUCAUCAAGAACUUGUCCAUGCUUGCGACAACCCUGGACGCUCUGCAGAACAGUAAUGCCAUUGAGGUUCUUACCGACCUGCUUGGCGCCAGCAUGAAAGAGAAGCACUUCCGCGAGAUUUCGAAUCAGGUGCUCAACACCAUGUACAACCUUUGCCGACUAUCGAAAGCGCGACAAGAGGAUGCCGCACUUUCUGGCGUCAUACCAUUACUUCAACGCAUUGUGCAGACCGAGCGGCCGCUCAAGGAGUUUGCACUGCCAAUCCUCUGCGACAUGGCGCAUUCUGGCAAAGUUGGUCGCAAAGUGUUGUGGCAAAACAAAGGUUUGCAAUUCUAUGUGUCCUUGCUUGCGGAUCAGUAUUGGGCCGUCACGGCUUUGGACGCAAUCUUUAUCUGGCUGCAAGAAGAGACUGCUAAGGUCGAAGAACACUUAUUGGCACCAUCCAUCUGCUUCGCAGAGAAAAUGGUCGUUUGCUUCAAUGAGAGCAAAGCCGAUGUUGUCGAAGGCUUACUUGAGCCGUUGCAGAAAUUGCUUCGUCUCUCCCCCGCAGUGGCAGCAAGCUUGAGUCAAGGUUCGCUCUUCGAAAGGGUGAGAAUGAGACUGGUUGGCGGCAAGAAGCCUGUCGUCCGUCUGAAUCUCCUCCGCGUCAUCAGAAGUAUUUGCGAGGCAUGCGAAGACCAAGGUUCUUUACUGCGCCAAUACGGGCUACUUGACGCAGUGAAGGAUCUCGAACGCCACGACCCGGCCAUAUUGGUUCGUAACCUGGCGGAAGAGCUUGUUCGUCACUCAGAACAUGCCGAAGCCAUCGCUGCCGCAGGCGUUGGUGGAGGAAGAGCUUAUGCCAUGCGACGCAGCUCCAGUAGCACCAUGACACCUCCCGCCGCGCUGCUUAAUUCCUCGGCAGCUAGCACGCCGCUUGGAGCAAGCAGCCUUGGUCUCGGUUUUGGAGGCGAGAGAAAUGCUAGUCGCAGUUACUUUGACCUCUCCAUGCCCUCACCAGCUGCAAGGGGCUCUCGUCAAGAACGAGAAUCGCCUUACAGACCCGUCAGUCGUGGACGAGAGAGCAGUGCUGGAUCCGGCUCGAGUGUCGGUAGCGUCGCUGCGGCCCACCAUCGGCCUUCUACCUCGCUCGACGCGGGUGGCAUCAAUGGCCUCGCUGUUAGUCGCAGCAGUAGCCGGAUGCCGCCGCCGCCUCUUGCGCCUGCAUCCUCGAGUAGUGGCGGUGUAGGAGGAAGGAUGCAAAGGCCACCGAGCAGAUUGAGUCUGGCGCCUGUCUUUGGUGAGGAGAGGAGGAAGAGUACCGCCGGAUUGAGUUCUGCGGGAGAAGAUGAACAGAUCACACCUACACAUGUCCCGGCUUCCGCCGGGACGAGGAGCUCCACCAGCGCGAACUUUGCUGCGAUGAGAAGAUGCAGAAGACAGACGAGCUCGACUGUGGAGCGUGGCUCGUCUGGACGUUGA